UUAAUGAAACAGCCAUCUUGAAUAUUAUUGGUCGCCGUAUCCACCCCUUUUUGUGUAUUUAGAGCAUCUCAACACACUCAUUUGGGUCAGAGAAGACCCUUGGUGACUCCUGAGUGUUCUAACCAUAUAGUUAGUCAAAAUGUCAGGACAGAGUAUUUUAGAUCGCAUGACUGCGGCUAAACACAGCCUCUCGGGCCAAGGGUUGGCCAAGGUUGUAUGUAAAGCAACUACAGAAGAAGUUAUGGGGCCAAAGAAAAAACAUCUGGAUUAUUUAAUUCAAUGCACCAAUGAGCCAAAUGUUUCCAUUCCACAGUUAGCUGAUUUACUGAUCGAAAGAACACAACAUACAAACUGGACAAUAGUGUUUAAGUCCUUGAUUACAAUACAGAAUUUAAUGAAUUAUGGCAAUGAGAGAUUCACACAGUAUUUGGCCUCCAAUAACUGUACUUUUAACCUCAAUAACUUUAUAGAUAAAGCUGGAGUUCAAGGUGAGAAAAAAGAAACUCAAGGCUAUGACAUGUCAACUUAUAUUAGAAGAUAUUCCAAAUACCUAAAUGAAAAGGCCGUGUCAUAUAGGUCCAUGGCAUUUGACUUCUGUAAAAUCAGACGAGGAAAAGAUGAUGGAGUAUUGAGGAAGAUGAAUGCUGAAAAGCUACUGAAAUCUCUCCCUUGUUUGCAACACCAGUUAGAUGCAUUAAUUGAAUUUGAUUGUACUCCAAAUGAAUUGACAAAUGGUGUAAUGAAUGCUUGUUUUUUGUUGCUUUUCAAAGAUCUGAUCAGACUAUUUGCAUGUUACAAUGAUGGUGUAAUCAACCUUCUUGAAAAAUAUUUUGAUAUGAACAAAAAACAAUGCAAAGAUGGAUUAGAAUGUUAUAAAAGAUUCCUAGUGCGUAUGGAUAAAGUUGGAGAGUUCCUCAAAGUUGCAGAGAAUGUUGGGAUAGAUAAAGGAGAUAUUCCUGACUUAGCAAAGGCACCAUCAAGUUUAUUAGAUGCACUUGAACAGCAUCUUGCAUCAUUAGAAGGAAAAAAGGGUAUUGUUUCUACAACAAAACCAGCAGGCUUCUCAACAGCUGUAGAUGCAAUAUCAGGGAACAGUUCUUUUCAGAUAUCAGAGGAAGAAAAGAAAAAAAUUUUAGAUGAGGAGAAUCAAAGAUUACAACAAUUAAAGGAAUAUAAAUUAAAGGAAACGGGUUCACCAGCAACUCCAAGUACUGCUACACAAUCACCACCAUCAACAAAUCCAUUUGCCAAUAAUACAAAUGCAACAGACACAAAUAAUUUGCUUGGCUCACCAGUAUCUUCACAACCUGGUAUGGCAAGUGAUGAUUUACUGAGUUUAACAGGGAAUCCGUUUGUUCAGAAUGUCCAGCAAGUGAUGGCCAUGAAUAAUGCUGUCAAUAAUAUACAGACUUCUUUUGCUCCUGGUGGCUGGAACACACAACCUAGUCAAGCAGAUGUUGACUUUACGAAAGUUUUUUACAACAACUCGUCAACAUCAUCAGGAUAUAUGGGUUUUGAUGCAUUUGGAGAGGUUCUGAAACCAGCUAAUACAUCUGGUCAGUUAAUGAAUACACAGACUGAUAAAUUAUUACAGAAAGACUUAGAUUCUAGUUUGGCAAGUUUAGCUGGGAACCUCAAUAUAAAUCCUGCUGCAAGUGUCAAGAAAACUCAACAUGAAUGGCAACCUAAAGGAGAGCAUAAAAAAACAGGAGGUGCAAACUUUCAGUUCCAGGGAAAUGCAUCAAGCACAUGGGCAGCACAGCCUAUGAUGACAGGAACUUCUGUUUCACCAAAUACAAUGUACCAACAACCUAUUGGACAGCCUUUAAUGCAACCUGGUAUGAUAGCCAAUAGGCCAAUGGGAAUGAACAUGCAGCCAGUGAUGGGUGUUCAGCCUCAAGCAGGUGUCUAUGGAAUGAAUGGAACCAUGAUGACACAGCCACGGCCACCAGCUCAUCAGUCAAUGAAUGAUCCAUUUGGAGCUUUAUGAGGCAGGUUUCUGUGAGAAGAUAAAACUUCUUGCAGAAAGACUUUCUAAUAUUCAAACUACUGUAUGGGAUCAAUUUAUCAUCAGUGCUGGCAUCAGUUCUACAUUGAAAAACACAAUAAGUAGUUGGUUGUGUACAGAUGGCUUGGCUGUUUCUACGCACCUUCAAAUAUAUUUUAUUUGUAUAUGUUUAAUGCUAUGAAUACUUUGAUGUAUUUAUAGACAUGUAUUUAUUUUUACCAAUACUGUUCAGAUCAUUAGUAUGAUAAAGAUCAUAUCAGCACUGUACCUUGUGUUGAGUCACAUAUCAAGGAAAAUUAUACAAUAUGUAUUGCUAUUUCUUUAAAAUCAUCAGCCAUUUUAUAUUCUAUACCCCUUUACAGAAAAAAAUGGAUUAAUCAAUGUUUUCAAAUCUGUUGAAAAUGAAUGCAUUUUCCUUCAAGCAAAGUGUAACUUUCAUGGUUUUUAUACGACUGCAAAAUUUGAAAAAAAUUUCGUCGUAUAUUGCUAUCACGUCUGCGUCGUCAUCGUCGUCCGACAUUUUAGGAAUUAGGGGCCAAAAAGGGCCCAAAUAAGCAUUUUCUUGGUUUUCACACUAUAACUUUAGUUUAAGUUAAUAGAAAUCUAUGAAAUUUUGACACAAGGUUUAUGACCACAAAAGAAAGUUUGGGAUUGAUUUUGGGAGUUUUUGUUUCAACAGUUUAGGAAUUAGGGGCCACAAAAGGGCCCAAAUAAGCAUUAUUCUUGGUUUUCGCACAAUAACUUUAGUUUAAGUUAAUAGAAAAUAAUGAAAUUUAAACACAAUGUUCAUGACCACUAAAGGAAGGUUGGUAUUGAUUUUUGGAGUUUAGGUCCCAACAGUUUAGGAAUUAGGGGCCAAAAAGGGACCCAAAUAAGCAUUUUUCUUGGUUUUCGCACCAUAACUUUAGUAUAAGUAAAUAGAAAUAUAUGAAAUUUAAACACAAGGUUUAUGACCAUAAAAGGAAGGUUGGUAUUGUUUUGGGAGUUUUGGUCCCAACAGUUUAGAAAUAAGGGGCCCAAAGGGUCCAAAAUUAAACUUUGUUUGAUUUCAUCAAAAUUGAAUAAUUGGGUUUUUUGAUAUGCCGAAUCUAACUGUGUAUGUAGAUUCUUAACUUUUGGUCCCGUUUUCAAAUUGGUCUACAUUAAGGUCCAAAGGGUCCAAAAUUAAACUUACUUUGAUUUUGACAAAAAAUGAAUCGGUUGGGUUCUUUGAUAUGCUGAAUCUAAAAAUGUACUUAGAUUCUUGAUUAUUGGCCCAGUUUUCAAGUUGGUCCAAAUCGGGGUCCAAAAUUAAACUUUGUUUGAUUUCAUCAAAAAUUGAAUAAAUGGGGUUCUUUGAUAUGCCAAAUCUAACUGUGUAUGUAGAUUCCUCAUUUUUGGUCUUGUUUUCAAAUUGGUCUACAUUAAAGUCCAAAGGGUCCAAAAUUAAACUUAGUUUGAUUUUAACAAAAAUUGAAAUCUUGGGGUUUUUUGAUAUGCUGAAUCCAAACAGUUUUCAAUUUGGUCCAAAUCAAGAUCUAAAAUUAUUAGCUGACCUGGCCAAAAAGGCCAUGUGAGCUUUUCUUAUCACUUGGCGUCCGUCGUCGUCUGUCGUCGUUAACAAUUUUUCAAACAUCUUCUCCUCUGAAACUACUGAAUGGAUUUGAAUGAAACUUAGCAUGAUUGUUCCUUAGAGUAUCCUGCACAAAGUGUGUGCUUCGAUUUUUGAUCCGUCAAAAAACAUGGCCAGCAUUACCUAAAAUAGAACAUAGGGGUCAAAUGCAGUUUUUGGCUUAUAUCUCAAAAACCAAAGCAUUUAGAGCAAAUCUGACAUGGGGUAAAAAUGUUCAUUAGGUCCAGAUCUAUCAGCCCUGAAAUUUUCAGAUGAAUCAAACAAAACAUUGUUGGGUUGCUGCCACUUAAUUGGUAAUUUUAAGGAAAUUUUGCAGUUUUUGGUCAUUAUCUUGAAUAUUAUUAUAGAUAAAGAUAAACUGUAAACAGCAAAAAUGAUCAGCAAAGUAAGAUCUACAAAUAAGUUAAUAUGACCAAAAUUGUCAAUUGACCCCUUAAGGGGUUAUUGUCCUUUAAUGACAAUUUUUCACAAUUUGUUCAUCAUAUUUGCUAACUUUAAAAAAUCUUCUCCUCUGAAACUACUGAAUGGAUUUGGAUGAAACUUAGCAUGAUUGUUCCUUAGAUUAUCCUGCACAAAGCGUGUGCUUUGAUUUUUGAUCCGUCAAAAAACAUGGCCGCCGUUACUUAAAAUAGAACAUAGGGGUCAAAUGCAGUUUUUGGCUUAUAUCUCAAAAACCAAAGCAUUUAGAGCAAAUCUGACAUGGGGUUAAAAUGUUUAAUGGGUCAAUAUCUAUCAGCUUUAAAAUGUUUAGAUGAAUCAAUUAACCCAUUGUUGGGUUGCUGCCACUUAAUUGGUAAUUUUAAGGAAAUUUUGAAGUUUUUGAUCAUUAUCUUGAAUAUUAUUAUAGAUAAAGAUAAACUGUAAACAGCAAAAAUGAUCAGCAAAGUAAGAUCUACAAAUAAGUUAAUAUGACCAAAAUUGUCAACUGACCCCUUAAGGGGUUAUUGUCCUUUAAUGACAAUUUUUCACAAUUUGUUCAUCAUAUUUGCUAACUUUAAAAAAUCUUCUCCUUUGAAACUGCUGUAUCAAUUUCAGCCAAACUUAGGCUAAAUGAGUUUCAGAGUUUCAGAGUAUCUAGUAUAAAUUUUAUAUUUCAUUUCCUUGUAUGUCAAGAAACAUAGCUCCUAUGGCUAAAAUAGAACAUAGGAGAAAAUGAUUUUUUUUUUGCUUUUGAAGAAAAUAGGACGAUUCAAAAAACAUUUAAAUAAAUUGAAAAGCCAAAAUAAUCAUUGAUGAGAGAUUAAACCAAAAAAAUUCAGGUGAGCGAUUCAGGCUCUUGAGAGCCUCUUGUUAUAUUAAGUUUUGUGCAAUAGCAAGUCUUUUCAAUUGCACAGUAUUGCGCAAUGGCAAGAAGUAUCUUAUUGCACAAUAUUGUGAAAUAGCAAUUUUUUUUUAAAUUAGAGUUAUCUUUCUUUGUCCAGAAUAGUAAGCAAGAAAUAUCUAAUUACAAUUGUAAGAAAUUUUUUUAUUUGGAGUUAUCUUUCUUUGUCCAGAAUCAACUUAAAUCUUUGUUAUAUACAAUAUACAAUGUAUAUUCACUUUUUACUACCAACUGAUAAAUUAAAAUAAUCUUUACCAUUCAGUGAUAACAAGCAGUUUUUUUACAUCUUAAUAUUUUAUGAUGUAUUUAAAUGAGUAGUUAUUGUUGCAAACUCCAUUAGAAAUUUUAAUUGAGAUUAGUUUUGGAAUAAGGGAAAGGGGGAUGUUAUUAAAAAAAUUGGGUUCAAUUUUCUCAUUUGAAAUUUCAUAAAUAAAAAGAAAAUUUCUUCAAACAUUUUUUUGAGAGGAUUAAUAUUCAACAGCAUAGUGAAUUGCUCUAAGAGAAAAUAAAAAUUUUAAGUUCAUUAGAACACAUUCAUUCUCUGUCAGAAACCUAUGCUAUGUCAACUAUUUAAUCACAAUCCAAAUUUAGAGCUGAAUCCAGCUUGAAUGUUGUGUCCAUACUUGCCCCAACCGUUCAGGGUUCAACCUCUGCGGUCGUAUAAAGCUACGCCCUGUGGAGCAUCUGGUUACAACAUCUAAUAACAUUGGAAAUAGUAUGCCACUCUUAGUAAUCUUAUGUAUCAAGUUUUUAAUUGUUAUUGCGAUAAUCACCAAGUCACUUUAUUUGCAUUAUUAAAACCAUGAGAGCCCUAACAAGACAAGACAGAUGUACAGACCAACAUAACAAUGUCCCUUAUUUCCAUUUCCCCAUCAAUUUGUUUCACAGGGGACAAAAGGGGACGUUAACAUUUACUUUGUAGUUAAUAACAGCAAAUGUUCGAAGUGUUGCAUAUAUUCUAUAUGCGAAAAGCAUGUUCAAUAUUCUAAUAUAAUAAAUAGCCAGUUGUUGAUGAAUGCAAAGAUUGAAAAAAUCUUUAAAAAAUGCUUAUAAGGUUCAUCUAAAGUGACAAUUAUUUCCCAUUCCUUGCGGGUUUUUUUCCCUUCAAAACAAGAAAGAGAGAAAAUAGCACAACAUUAUCAUCUUUAUAAGUAAACAAAAUCCAGUGCAAUAAAGGUUAGAUUAAAAUAUCAAAAUGGCAUAUCAUAUUGCCAGAUGAGAGAUUGAGUAAUUUAGAAGCAUCUUGUUUUUGUUUUUAACUUCUAAGAUCUGAUUUUUGUACUAAUACAAGAAAUACAAGUGAUAUUUUAAAGCAAAUCAUGAAUAGAUUUAUAUUAUAAAAUACAAUUCUGAUAUACACUACUCUUUUGCUUUGUAAAAAAGUUCUUACUUUUAAACUAGGUACACAUGCUUGACAUCCAAAUUACUUAUACAACUUUAGUUGUACUGUGUUUGACAUUUCUGUUGCAGGUGCUCACUAUGAGAUUCAAUCAAUUCUAUUAAAAUGUAAGUCUCAAUGUAUUUGUACAUCUUGAAUAGUAAAAAUUGUUAAGCACACCUGAUGACAUUUAAUAGACAAUUGUGUAUUGUAUGCACAUUUUAUGUAUAUGUAUGUAAAACAUGAUAGCCUCUCGUCUCUGUAUCAACAUUAUAUAUACUGUCUGGUAUUGAUAUCUUCAUUGGAUUUAUUUUGGGUUUAGCAUCAACCUUGAAUGAAUACAGGAAUUAAUAGGGGAAAUGAUCAGACCAGAUCUUCACAACUUAACCAUUUGAUAAGGGGAGACAAUCAAUAUAUACAUUGCAGAUUUUGUCAGUUGUCCACUGAGUUGAUAUUACUCUCAGAUACCAAUUUGUUGCAUUUUUUGUAAAAGACAAACUGUAAACAUUGUUAAUAUCAGAUACUUAUAUUUUCAUUGCUAAAACUCUCAGUAGACUCCAUACAUGAGUUUCCUUUAAUUAUACUUUUUAUACAUUUAUUUACUUUUUUGGUUGAUGAUGAAGCAAAACUGUAAAUACAAAUAAAUAAUUGCUUAGAUGACUCCUAAAUAUCUGAUAAAUCACUUAAUAAUAAUGCUUACCCAUUAUGCAUGCAACAUUUUGUCAAGGAAGCAAGACAUAGCAAUCUUAGGCAGCAACCAUUUGAUUUUCUGGGGUGGCUAUGGUUUUUUUUGGAAAAAAAAGUUUGUUUCCAGGUUUUAGUGAAAAAAAUAAUUUGUUUUGGUCCCUGAGAAAAAAAAUUUGUUUGUUUCACCCUCAGCUGCCGCUAUAUGUAAUGCUAAAAUUGAAAGAAAAAAAUUGUUUUCGGUUUGUCGCUAAAAAAAAAAAGUUUGCACAGAAAAAAAAACCAUAGCCCCCCCCCCCCCCCCCCCCCCAGAAAAUCAAAUGGUUGCUGCCUUACAUACCCUCAUCAAUGGUGGUGUAUCAGGUUGGGGAUGAUUAAAGAUUUUUAUACCACCACAGUUUUUAAGGGUCCCUAUAAUGGUAUGAACUUGUCUAUGUUUUUAUUGUUCGAGAACACAUUUUGUUUCCGGACAAUAACUUUAGUUUUAGUGAGUGGAUUUCUAUGAAAUUUUACAAGAAGGUUCAAUACCCCAAAUGGAAGAUUGAGAUUGAUUUUAGGGGGUUUAGGAAUUUGGGAUCAAAAAAAGCUUUUUAGUAGUUGCUGGACAAUAACUUGUGUUACAGUGAAUCUCUCUGACACUGUAAGGUUUCAUAUCUCAAAGGGAAUAAUAGAUUAUUCUUCUGUAAUUUAUCUGUUUGAGAAAAGAGUGGCUGAAAUACAUGGACAUUUUUGUUACAAGGGGAGCAACCAGACUAUUGAAGGCUUUUAACUCAGAUCAUGUGGAAAUCCAAAUGAACAAGUUCAUGUUUGUUCAUCAAACUUCAUCCUUAUAGAAUUAUUUAGCUUUGUGUUAAGUUUUUUUUUUUUAAAUGAAAAUAGUUGAUUUCAACUAAACAGUGCAUAGCCAUUGCAUUUAAAUGGAUUGAAAUAUUAUUUCUUGUCUCACUUCAAAGCAGACCAAAAUCAAGAACAGACAUAUUUCAUUGUCAACUGUUAAAAAGAUAAUAAGUUGUGGGUUGUAACACAUUUAUACCGGUAGCACAUCCUUUCUUUCUCCUCAAGCUUACUACUGUAAAUAACCUCUAGAUAUGAUACAUUCUAUGAUGAACAAUAUUUCCUUUAAUUUAUUUCAAUCUUUGGAAAAUAUUGAACAACCAUUCCUGUGUCAAUGAAAGUCUUAAUCUGGUUAUUAGCUGUGUUCUCUGCUGUAAUUUAAUCUUAAAAUGAAAAAAAGUAUUUGUUCUAAUGUUUGAAAACUGUUCUUCUUAAUUUAAGCUGAUAAAAUGAUUCUGUUACAAAUUUAUUUGUAUUUUAGCUUACUAGCCUAAAUGGCAAUGUAAGCUUAAGUCACCACUUUGUGUUCAUCUGUAAAUAUUUUAAAUCUCCUCUGAAACUGCUUGAUAGAUAAAAAUUUCGAUAUGGUGGCCUUGUCUAAAAGUAGAUCAUAGGGGUCACUCUACAGUUCCAAAGAAUUUCUUAUAUAUUAUGCAUGAUAAAAUCUCAAUGAUAUCCAUUACUUGCAAUUUUGUGUCAAGGAAACUAUGGAAGCAAUAAAAAACACACAACAUGAA